AUGGACCGCCCCGAGCCUGGACUGAUCAAAUGGUCGCCUCUUGCUGGCCAUAACAGGUUCAUUCACAUCAACCUGCAGCACCGCGUGGUUCAGCUUUAUGAACCCAACGGCGUCGCCCAGCAGGGCAGAUUCGACUACAAGCAAAUAUCCAAGCAUGACGACUUUCCGGCUUUGACGACGUAUGACUGGUCACCAAGCUUCCCUGGCCUCCUCGCAGUAGGCGGCCAAAAUGGCGGCGUCAAUCUGCUCAGGAUGGACGACAACUCCAGUGACUACAUCGAGCUUGGCCUCAAAAUGACCAGGAUGUGCCAGGCCGUCGCUUUCAACACGCAAGGCAUUCUUGCUGUAGGUCUCGAGCGGGUGCGCAUGGACCAGAGUCUUCAUAUCUGGGAUCUGAACCGACUGUCCAUGGACAAAGUCGCCAAGGGCUUCGCGAAGGACAUGGCUCCCUUUACCGAACCGGUCACGCGGCUGGAGCAUAGCGCCUCAAUAUCGAGUAUCAAGUUCUUCGAAGACAACCCCCAGACUCUAGUCAUCGGUCUCAAAUCCCAGGGACUACGUGUCUAUGAUCUGCGAGAUCCAAGCACAGCGCAGCUACAGUUCUCCACUCGGUGCAACAACAACUUGGCCAUCGACCCGGACCCGAACUACUUUGCGUCUUCCGCACUCGACCAGCCCGGUGUUCUCGUGUGGGAUCGGCGAGCCACCAGCCGUGCCGUCGCAUCUCCGGCCUACUUGAGUGCCGUUGACGAGGAAGAAGUCUCCUGGGGCGCUGCCCUAUCACUGCAGAACGCUGUCGAGACGGACGAACCGUCACUCGGGGACAGCAAACAUUCCUUAGUCCGCUCAUUACGCUACUGCCGCGACCACAGAGGGCUCUUGGGUGUUCUCACACGCACUGGUCAGCUCAAGGUUCUCCAGACCAACAGGGAACACACGUCAGCAGAGAUGGAAUUGGCUGGGAGCCCGGAGCUCAUGCAAGUUAAGAGGUCAUACGAGAUGGAUGUCAAUUUCUCCGACCCCAACAGCAAGAAUGAUCGAAUCGUGUCAUUCGACUGGGUGACUCUGGGUUCCAACCCUCUCCAGCCCCGUGUAUUGGCCCUCCGCGCCAACGGGGCCAUGGAAAUACUCGAACAGCCAUCGCACGCAUCCGACCAUUUGUAUAAACUCUCAUCUUGGAAAUCGCCCCAUCGGGGCCUUGAAGAUGGCGCGGGCUACCAAAGCCUCCUCAACUUUGAGCCUUCGCAAUGCGCUGACAUGUACGGGCCGCUGCUACUAGAACAAGCCCUUUCCGACGUGCCUCUCUUCGGGAAAAAGAAAGCAAACAUUUCGGCCGUCAUCGAGAAGACGCUGCGAUCCAAUCCGUCGGCGGCAGAUGUCAAGACUGAGCGACCCUCUCACUUGAGCAUCUAUCCAGAGACUCUGCAUGGCCACUCUAUCGCUGCAAGCCUACGAACCAUGCGAGAUGUGGCCGGGCAGAAGGCGUUGAAGCAAAAGAAGGGCAGUGCGACGACUGAUUAUGACGCCGAAAAUGGCGCGGUAGGCGAAGUGGCCGACAAGAUUGCAGACUUGUCGGUUUCACAGGAGGGUCCCAGAUCUUGCCGACAGCUUCACGAAGAUCUCUUGUCAGUGCUGCCGCAAGCCAAUUGGUUGAAUCCCGAGGCACAAUCUGACAUUGAUCAUGCGAUGCUCCUGCGUGCCAAGGAGAGAUAUCUCUUUGACCCUGCCAGGAACAGAGCGGUGGUUUCUGAUGACCUGUGGCUUCGCUACUUGUGGGAUUGGAUAGCAGAUGCCGAGGACGCUGCCGAGGAUGGCGGCAUGAAACUUCACCCCUUAGAUCUCAGCUACAUGGGUGUGGCUACGAUCUGGGGCAAUGACUUGGGAAACAAGCCUUCCUCGAGACUUCCCGAAGCAUCGCCGAUUCCCGAAGUCACGCUGUGGGAGAAGUGUAUCGGCAGCAUUUGCAAGAAACGGCGUCUGCCGAGAUAUCAAGGGGCUCACACAAAGAAGCCUUUUCACAGACAGCUGUGUCUCGAUAUCUGCACGUGGGGAGACACGACGCGGCACGAGCAAGACGACAGCCGGCCAGUAGCGAACGGAGACUACCCGAGCCCUCUGCACACGAUGGAAACGGCUCGGGCACUGUUCAGGGGCGAGAUUGGCAAAGCGGUUCAGAUCCUGAAGAAGGCGAGCACGAACCACCCAGAGCUUCUCUUCGUUUCACUCGCCCUUCAGCUCAUCGACAAGGGUGACAAGCGGCUCGCGAAAGAGCAGCUGGAUUUUGACGUGGCGUUGGCAUCAAAGACAGACCCCUAUCUCCGAGCUAUUUCGUCCCUCAUUGCGACGGGAGACUGGUCGGCGGUGGCCAACCAGAAGUCGCUGCCGCUCUCCGACCGAGCCUACGUGGCAUUCCGGACCUUUGACGACACGCAGCUUACCAAGUGGCUCGGCGAGCAGGUAUCGAUCGCGACGGAGACGGGCGAUAUUGAAGGAAUUGUCUUAUUCGGCAUCACGGACCGUAUGGUUGACGUGUUUGCCAAGUACGUCGGCAAGUUCAACGAUUUCCAGACGGCGACGCUCGUCAUGUCGAUCUGCGCGCCGCGAUACAUCGACGAUUACCGGUGCACGGCCUGGCGCAACGCCUACAGGGCGUAUCUCCAGCGUCACAAGGCAUUUUUCCUGCGCACCAAAUUUGAGGUGGAGAGCACGAAGAAGAGCAAGCGCGACGGCAGACCGACGAUCAAGCCGCCAUCGCGGCAGAUUGCCCUCCGUUGCGUGUUCUGUGAUGCCGAAACAACAGUGCCUUCGCACAAUGGUUCGGCACCACCGGCCGGGGCGCCAGAUACACGGAAUCCGCUGAUGGUCACGAGCAUCAGCGCCGGCGUGAGCUGUCCGAACUGCGGCCGCCACCUGCCGCGCUGCGUCGUGUGUCUCGAGGUCGUGGGCAUCCCCAGGUCGGAUCGACCCGAGGCGGCUGCUGACAUGGACACCCGCAUGGCAGCCAGAUUUCCCACGUUCUGCCUCAAGUGCGAGCAUGUCUUGCAUCUCGAUCAUGCGCGGCACUGGUUUGCGCGGCAUGUCGAGUGUCCGGUGCCAGAAUGUCGGUGCAAAUGUAACUUUAGGGCCAAUCCGGAACUCAACUAUCACUGA